AUGACACAGCUUUUCACCUCCUCCGGGUCGACCGGAGGCGUGAGACAUGAGAAACGCAGCAAUUUCCCCGGCAUAUCACUAGCCACCAAGAAACACUCCUCCUCCAACGACUCCUCCCAUUUCCCUACGAAGCUGAAGAAUUUCUUCCGCAUCAACAGUUCGUCCUCCACCAAUAGCAACACCAGCACCAGCGGCGGCAAUAACAACAGCUCACAUGGCGGUGCCGCCCAGAAUGACGGCUCCUCCGGUCCGGGCAAAUCGGAGACUAAGACCACUUUCCGGCAAUCGCGUUUUCUCCCCACUAUCACUAGAAAUCGAUCGACGACGGUUGCUAGCGAAGGAAACCCGUUAGACGAAGGCAUGUCACCUACCGCCUAUGCGAAUCCGUACUUUGCUCACCAAGGAUACCCGGCCUUAAGACAUCGGAAUGACGGUAGUGUGUCCUCGGUUAAUGCUGAUACCCCGGAGUUGCAGGUGGAUGGUGUCGCGGCUAGCGAGCAGGCUACGACGGCGGGCAAGGAGGAGUUGGCGAGAAAGUUGAGAAGGGUGGCUUCCGCACCAAACGCGCAGGGCCUGUUUUCCGGUAAUAAGUCGGAUGAUAGGCCGAGGACGGCGGAGCUGGGGAAAGAACCCCUUGUGGAACAUGGUGCUACUACUGGUGGAGUUGGUGCUGGUGACGGUGCCAGGCUGAGUCUAGUUGAUGCGACGACCAAGAGUAAUUCGCUUACAGUACCUGGUGCUGACGAGUUGUCGAACCUUCCCCCGCCAAACCUGAAUCGGAAUCCCAUUGCGUUUCGGAGGACAUAUAGCUCGAAUUCCAUCAAGGUGCGGAAUGUUGAGGUUGGGCCGGGGAGCUUUGAUAAGAUCAAAUUGAUUGGGAAGGGUGAUGUAGGCAAGGUAUAUUUGGUGAGGGAGAAGAAGUCGAGCCGGUUAUAUGCGAUGAAGGUCCUGAGCAAGAAGGAGAUGAUCAAGCGGAAUAAGAUCAAAAGGGCCCUGGCCGAGCAGGAGAUUCUCGCCACGAGCAACCAUCCCUUUAUCGUCACGUUAUACCAUUCAUUCCAAUCCGAGGAUCACCUCUAUCUCUGCAUGGAGUAUUGCAGUGGCGGCGAAUUUUUCAGAGCUCUUCAAACGCGCCCUGGCAAAUGUAUUCCAGAAGACGACGCCCGCUUCUAUGCUGCAGAAGUUACUGCUGCCUUGGAAUACCUCCAUCUCAUGGGGUUCAUUUACCGUGAUUUAAAACCCGAGAAUAUCCUAUUACACCAGUCAGGACACAUAAUGCUCUCAGACUUCGACCUCUCGAAACAAUCCGGACCCGGUGGAGCCCCAACUAUGAUCAUAGGCCGCAAUGGUGCUUCUCCCACGUCAUUACCAACUAUAGACACCAAGUCAUGUAUCGCCGAUUUCCGGACAAAUUCCUUUGUAGGAACGGAGGAAUAUAUAGCACCAGAGGUUAUCAAGGGCGAUGGACAUACGAGCGCUGUCGAUUGGUGGACCCUGGGUAUCUUGAUAUACGAGAUGCUUUUUGGAACUACGCCGUUCAAAGGCAAGAGUCGGAAUAGCACUUUUGCCAACAUCUUAAGGGAUGAAGUACCGUUCCCGGAGAAUUCUGGUUCGCCGCAGAUAUCGAAUAUUUGCAAAUCUCUUAUCCGCAAACUACUCAUCAAGGACGAAACCCGCCGACUAGGAGCGCGCGCAGGCGCCUCAGACGUGAAAACCCACCCUUUCUUCCGCACCACACAGUGGGCACUAAUCCGCCACAUGAAACCGCCCAUGAUCCCCCACCAAGGCCGUGCCACCGAUACGAUCAACUUCCGGAACGUCAAGGAAAGUGGUAGUGUCGAUAUCGGCGGCUCGUCAAAAGCUAAAGGGGUGCCGAUGGACUCUGGUCUUGCAACGCCAUCUGGAGAAGCUAUUGCAGAUCCGUUCGAGGACUUCAAUAGCGUCACGCUUCACCAUGACGGGGAGGAGCAUGGGCAUCAUAUGAUUGAUGAUCGUGUGCCGUCGUCGUCGAAUGGGCGGUGA